AUGCCUACCGUUGUUCUAUACAUCCUUUUCAGAGUCGUCACUCUUCUGCUAUACAGGCGCUUCUUCCAUCAAGCGAGAAGCAUACCCACGUCCAAACUUGAACAUGACCGUUCGAACGAUUCAGAGCCAUCGACAAGCGACAAUGUUCAUCCAAAUAAUGGCUCUCGGCCUCCUUUCGCCGAAAAUCCAAUUCCCUUGGACAACCUAGAAACAACAGUUCAAGGGCAAAGGGAGGAGGUUCCUGCUUUUAUUGGUCCUAUUGAGCAACAGGUUCCCAAUACCCCAGAAGCCUCAAUAAACAGAAAUUCCCAAGCUUUCAGACAUGCCGUCCAGGAUUUUUCGUCACCUAUGCUAUUGCCAACCCCCGAAAGUGGCACCUCAUCCUCGUCAGAAGAAUAUUCUGACGGGAAUACACCAUUGACCCCACCAAGCAAAACAGUCUUUCCCGACGGCGGAAGACACCAAGAAGAGGAAUCACCAUGGAAUGUGAGAUCUCGUACAGUAGCAGCAAGAAGUAGGGCGCAAUAUCUUAAUGGCGAGGAACUAGAUGAUGGCAAUAGCACCGAAACUAGACGAGGAAGUUACUUUCCAGGGGCUAGGAGGUUGACAUUCCUAGACCAGGCUACGCUCCACCCGAACAGUGCGAAUGCCCUUCUUGAAGAAACCACAGAACCACUCCUGCAGAACGCGGCGAACGAAACCCAAAUUGAAAGCAAUACAGAAUCCUCAGUAUAUAGCGGCCAAGCUAUUAAAGAGGAUCCUUUCGAUGAUACAAAUAAUCUGCAAGUCCAGGAGAUGGUGAAGAAGGAGAACGCGGAACUAAAUAAUAAAGAGGCUGAACAAGUAGAAACCGUCCACAAUAAGCCUAAAACUACGGCGGACUCAGCUACAAUGGAGUCAAAAAAAACCGCAAGAAAUAAUAUACUGGACCAGAUAAUCCCCUACACGUUCCUGGAUAGGCUCAAAGACGAUGAUAGGCGAUGCGUGGCAUUGAAAGUAAGACCGCCGCAUGCUAGAUGCCUCAAAAAGCCCCGUUGGGUUUCUAAAGCAAAUAAACCCCUAGAAGAUCAUUCCUUAACGCUACGCAAUCUUCGAGAGCACGUUACACAAGGAAGAUUUGACGACUUCGUUAAAGAUAUCGAAUCUAUUCUACUGGCGAGAAAAUGCUGGUACCAUUGCUAUGAAACUACAGACAAAGAGAGAUUGGGAACGCUUAAGGGAUUUCUGAAACGGUGGUCAGAAGCCCAGUCCGGCUCGCAGGACUUAGGAUUUCCAACCAUUGGUGCCGAAGAAUUCUAUGACUGGGUGAAGGCAAUUUCGGUUCCAGUCAAACCUAAGCGUGAUCCGACAUCCGACUCAAGCGAGACUAGUUAUUCUCAACUCUCUAUUCCGAGACCAACGCUUAAACGUAAUGACUCAUACCCGAUUUCAGGUGUCGAGGAGUGGCAACCGGAAUGUUGGAAAAAUAAAGAUGUUAGCCAUGCCAUCCAGGAGGUCGUGUGGAAUAUGCUGACGUCAACCGAAGAAAAAGAUGGUUACAUAUACGCAUUUUUACACAAGAGCAAUACCAGUAUCCGAAAAAUAGGAACCACUGGAAGUAGCUUGAGCCAAAGGUUGAAAGAAUGGAAUGCCGGGUGUCAGCGUACAUAUUGCUAUGAUCCGAUUACUCGGGAUUUUCAGAUACCUCAUGCCAAAAGGGUCGAAAAGCUCAUACACACGGAACUCAAAGGAUGGCGAAGGCAAAUAAGUUGUGUUACAUGUAGGACGAGGAGUCAGCUUAAACACCACCGUGAGUGGUUUGAAGGUCCAGUAGAGCAUUUCGACAAAGUUAUCGACAAGUGGAUAUCGUGGAUCAAUAAGCACCCAUAUGAAAAGGGCUUGAACGGAAGAUGGAUGCUUACGCACGAUGCUAGGUUGAGUCUUCAAGAGAUUUGCGAACCAUUGCCAUAG